UACCAUACCCGGAAGUGACUUCACGUUUACGCCACUGGCUGGUCACACGUGGGUCAGAAGUUGAUAGUUUAUUUUAGAAUAAAGUAAUGUAAUGUUGGUUGUUUAGUUAGGAAAUCAUUAAAUAUGUCUAGGAGGAGCAAAGCUGUGUCCGAUGAAAUGAGCGGUUCCGAAGAGAAGGUCCAGGAUCCGCCUCCAGAGACCAGGCGGACCCGCAGCGGACGCACGGUCAGACCACGAGCCGCACUGCAGGACCACCAAGUCCCGGCGAAGACUCCCAGCCGGAGGACCAGGAGGUCUGUCCUCCAGGAGCUGCCGGCGGCGGAGGAACCAAACACAACAGAGGAGACGGAACAGAAACCCCAGAGUCCGGACAAGACCGAGGAGGAGACCAACAUGUCUGCCGAACCGGAGCCGGAGCUGAAGCCGGAGCAGGAGGCAGCAGACAGGGACACGGACGGGUGUCUGUCCAGACCCGCACCAGCAGAAACUGAAAGGGUUCCUGUGAGUCCAGAACCAGUACCAAACAAGAAACCUCGUCUAGGUCCAAGUGGGAAACCAGCCCCGGUGGUUCCGCUUGGAAAACCGAAAUCUGGAAGAGUGUGGAAGGACCGCAACAAACAGAGGUUUUCAGCGGUGGUCCGAGAUAAGCAGCUGUGCUCUUCGUGGGAGAAAAAGAUGCAGGCAAAGCGCGAGAAGGACCUGGUCAAACAAUUCUCUCGGCAGCUUAAGGAGGAUAAAAACCGACAGAAAGAGGAGAAGAGGAAAAGAAGAGAGGAGAACUUGAAGCGACGAGCAGAAAAUGAACGUAAAGCAGAGAUAGUUCAAGUGAUCCGUAAUACUGCAAAGAUCAAGAGGAUGAAGAAGAAACAGCUCAGGAAAAUUGAGAAGAGAGACACACUGGCUCUGUUGCAGAAGUCAAACAACCAGAUUUCUAAAGCCAAAGGGAAGAAAAGUAAUAAAGGUGAACAUGUUCCAGAUUUGACCUAAGGACUAAUGGAGAAUAAAAUGAAUUUGCUCA